CCGGAGCAGAUACGCUUGAGCAGCCACUGUGCGACGUCGUUCAUCCGAAGCUCUCACUCAGUCAGUCAUAUAUACUAGGCGCUGCUCCUUGCGAACACUUCCGAGCAGGCACUACUGAGGUGACCGACUCCGUGAACGAGGAAAAAGAGACCAGUCAGGAGAAGCUGAACAGCUGUGACUUUUGAAAAUACUCUUUCACCGACGCCACCGUCGAGUCCAAGCCGUCCCAUGGUGAUCAAGAGCGGAUAUGUGGACGUGAAGUUGCCGCAAAGUGCCCGCAACAGCAGCACUUGGAAGAGCUGGAAGCGGAAAUGGGUCGACUUGACCCAGCUGGAGUCGGCAUGGGGCCAGCCGUGCGACGUGCUGGUCGAGGUGCGUGCCCACCGCAACUCGGGCGUCCAGGCCCGAGGCACGCUAUCGCCAAAGGACGCCCAGGUGUUCCGGUGCGGCUCGAGCUCGCGAGAGUUCGCCGUGGCUGUGCGCUCGGGCCAGCGGCCACCCAUGGUGUACCUUGCAGGCGAGAGUGAAACGCAGAGCCAGGAAUGGAUGGCCGCGCUGCGAGCACUGCUCUGGCCCCCCGUGCCCAUGGUGGAGCUUGAGAACGUUCUGGGCUUCAAGUUCGAGGCCUCACUCAUUGACGACGCAUGGAGUGGCCGUGCUGGCCUCCUGGGCAGCUACGGCAACCUUUCCAUCAGCGGUCACAAGCUGAUUCUGACGCAUCCGCACACAGAGCACGUUAUACAAGAGUGGUACCUCAACACCCUCGUCCGGUUCCAGGUGUCGCGCAACAAACACGAGGCCGACCAUGGCAAGCUGUUGGCCAUCGAGUGCGGAAGCGAGAGCUCGACCGGAAGAGGCGUGCUCCAUUUCUACUGUCCUGAAGCGCUGAACUUUGUCUACACUCUGAGGGGCGUCGUGCAAGGCAUCCUCAAACGCAUGACCCCCGAACAAUACAGCUGGAAAGAAUUACAUGAGAUUCAUGGCCGCACUCCUGCCCGACGCCAUGGCUUCACUCAGCAGCAUCGCCAGGCAGCCAUUGAAGAUGGCAACGGCUACAGCGUGCCCAAAACCAACGCCAUAUCCGUGCUGCAGAUGCCCACAUUCAAGGGGCCCCUGCCUCCUCCUCGACCGGACGAAGUGCCGGGCUUCCCAUGCUCUCGCCAGUCUCAUCUGUCCAUCUCCACUUUCGACUCCGGAAUCUCGGUUACUUCGGCGCAUGUCGACAGUGAACUCGAGUCGCCCGUGUCUGAGGUGGCGUUCAGCGUCAGCAGUGAUAUGGAUGAGCGCAUUUACGAGAAACUUGAUGAUGUGCUGCUGAGAAGGGCGUCGCUGGAAAAAGAGAAUGACAUACCACCACCACUUCCUCCCAAAAAUCACAAGCGGCGCCAGUCAGAGCCAGCUAAAACAGCGCCGGUCGAAGAAGGGUCAAUCAUGAUUGAAUCAUCUCCCAACGAACGGCAUCUCCGACCUUAUUCGAUGCCAGCCGAUAUGACACCCUGUCCAAAGGAAAGCGGCACACAUGUUUCACCGUACGGGUCUAUAACAAAAGCCUCCACCGUGAACAGCCAGACAGAGGACGACACCGCAGCUGGCCCAGAAGACGCUGCACAGGACGCGCCAUCAUAUCAGCUUCUCGAAAAUAUAGGAACGGAAGACAACAACCCGUUUUCUCAAGAAAACGCGGUUUCGUCUGCCGAUGAUGACGUCUCCACCAGCGAAAUGCCAGAGGCAAGAGAAGAGGCAGCGCGGCGUAGAAGCCACCUGUACAUCGCACUAGAGGGCAAUAGCGGCGGUCAAGUUCACCUGGAAGCACAAAUUCUCGCCGAACAAAAUCUUCACAAGAAUAGAAUUCGUUCCGAGUCUUUGAUUGCCUGCCACGAUCAAGUGCUGAGGCAGAUGAGACGACAGCGAGCGUGCAGUUUGCCGAGCUUGUUUAUAUGUUAAAAGAUUUUGCAAUGUAACCGCCUUUGUUAAGUGCUUAUUUAUCAUUAAUCCGCAGCAACUGUACCAUUAGCAUUCGACCAACUUUUUUAACAGCCGUCGUGAUGGUGUUUUUAGGUUGCGCCUGCAAAGACUAUUUUUGCGGUGUUGAUACUAAUCAGGUUGAUGUCCAGGGGCCCAUUUCCCGAAAUUUCUCGCUUUAAAGGGCUUUUUGCCAUUGUCCAGUUCGCUUCGCUAGCAAUAUGGUCAGCAUCACAAUCGGCCGAGAAUUCAUUGCAAACGAGUCCAGUGUAAGUAGCUUAUGUGAAUGAGGGCUCUUACUGGAAGUGAGUAACUUGGAGAACCAAUUAUUUUGGCUAGUAAUCAGAGCGACGUUUCUUUCGGGCAUGUUAACUUGUGUUUUCAUUCUUAGUUCCUGUUCAGACGUACAUAUGGGAACGCAACUACUAUAAUACUCUGAAUUCUCCGGUGUAAGCACUUACGUGUGUGUUCUUUAUCGGUAAGCUGCAUAUUCUCUCCUCGUUAGCGGAAAUGUUUACGAAACAAAUAUGUACAAAAUGUAUAUGCACAUGCUUUGGUCGUCUAUUGUCGUAAAACCUGUAGAAAGUCAAACUUAUAAGCCUUAAAUACACUUUAAUAGCACUUAAAAUAGAGCAGGAUACGGAGACUUACAAAAGUAUGUAAUUACUUUGUAGCGCGACAGCCUUCUCCGUUUAGGGGCUUUAAUAAAAAUACAAUCGCUACAAUGGAUUGAGUAUUACUUCCAGCUCAUUCGUCGGACCUCAUCAGAUGUAUACAAUCAUUAUUAGGCAUAGCAUUUGUGACAAAUAACGCACUUUGGGCUAGGAAAAACGAACUGUGAAUAUUGCCGUGGCUGUGAAGUAGUGAUGUGUUUUUCAAACUCCUCGAUUACGCAUACUUGUACGAAAGCAAUUGAGUGGUAGUGUAUUACCAGGAAAAUUUUUUGUUGUUCACCAACUUGAACACUUAUAAAUGACAUGACUGAGCAAAAAGUUUCCCUCAAGGGCUGUAAUCAAACCGUGAAGCAGAAAAAAAGAAAAAAAAGUAAAUGCCAGUGGAAUGUGCACAAGCUUCGACACGUUACCUGAAAAGUUAGCGAAGGAUGCAGCGAAAUUCUUGCACAUUUGGUUGUAGAUCUGAUAGAAGAUCGCUGCUGCACUAUUCGCGACGCUGAUGGCAACAAUGAGUGUUGGCUGCACACUUACCUCGUGACGGGCUUGUUGGAUUCGUGGUAUGGAGCGUUAAAAACCAACAGGGACCGUUGCGGCUGUUAUUGUAAGUAUCGAAUAGCUUGGAAGCCUGAUCAUGUUCGUAAAAAAUAUAUAACAGUUGUACAUGUCUCGACACAAGAGACCUCAACGGACGUGUGUGUGUGUGACGUCAGCCGCUGGUCGGACACUUUCGUUCUGUCGCGAACGUAUGCGCCAUUGUGCCGUAUAAUCUGGGCGCAGCGUUCUAACGCGCGUGCUUAGGGGCAUUUCUUCCCAUAUUGAGCGCCGCUUAAUUACAAGUGGCAGCCUAUGCAUAUUCUAUUGUUACCUUGUGAACGAAUGUGUGUUUCCUCCAUUACUCAUUUCAUGGCUCACUGAAUCCGAAUUGUAUCUCAGUGUAAAUUUGUGUAGGCGCAUUCUGUAUCAGCGUGUGUGUAUCCGUAUGCCUCGCAAUCGAAAGCUGAGCCCACUGCAAUACAUUCAAGAAAACAGUGUACAUAUGUGCCAUUUUCAUUGUGUACCAUAACAAUUCAUUGAUAAUAAAUGCAUUUUUAUUCCACCUGGUGGAAUCUU